CUUACAUUCAUCAGUCGUCGACUCAGCUAUCAUCUACAGUCACUAAAUCAUGACGCGCUCUCUUCAAGGCUCCGUUGUUCUCGUAACCGCUGGCACAUCUGGUCUCGGUCUAUGCGUGGCGGAAAAGUUGAUUCAAGCAGGCGCCUCAGUAGUCAUCAAUUAUGCCUCCAACGAGGAACGAGCCCACGAUGCUUUCGUACACCUGAACCAACUAGCUGCGAAGUCUUUCUCGCAGGAUACUGGAUCGCGAUGUUUGAAAAUUAAAGCUGAUGUGACUAAGAAAGAAGGGAUCCAAGACUUGGUCAACCAGACGGUGUCUGCCAUGGGGAGAAUUGAUGCAGUGGUAUCAAAUGCUGGAUGGACCAAGUUUGCGAAUUUCCACGAUAUCGACGAUAAUGUUGAUGAGGAAGUUUGGGAUCGCUGCUAUGCGGCUAAUGUCAAGUCGCAUAUGUUCCUCUGCCAUGCGGCGAAGAAGUAUUUGGAGGAAGCCAAAGGUGCAUUUGUUAUGACUGCUUCUGUUGCUGGAGUCAAACCUAGCGGGAGCUCUAUCGCAUAUUCUGUUACCAAAGCUGCACAAAUCCAUCUGUCAAAGACUUUGGCUACGGUCAUGGCACCAUCAAUUCGUGUCAACUCUGUAUCGCCAGGGUUCAUGGAGACGAAUUGGAUUGUCAACAUGCCACAAUCAAAGAUCGACAAUGCUAGAGAAAAGACUCUCCUCAAACAGAUCACCAAAGUCGAGGACGUCGCAGAGCAAAUCAUAUUGCUCAUCAAAUCGGAAUCCGUGACGGGAUCUAAUGUUGUCAUUGAUUCUGGGUUUUCUAUCUAAAGGUGCAGGAAUGAAUUACGACCCAAGGGCCUAGCAAGACAUCAGACCAAUUGAUUGAAAAGGCGGGGCGAAUGCGAAGAUGAUGCUCGGUGAUUUCUCGAUUGGUUAAUUAGUUAGGUACCAUGUUUAAAACCGAAGCGCCAAGCUUGAUUUGAGGUCCGCUCCUGGGUGC